GCAUUGUCUGCGCAUCUCUGUUGCUCUUGAACACACCAUCGAAUGGAACCAUGGGAAGGAAAAGAUGGCGGGAUGUUCAACACCUCCGUUGACUGGCCGAAUAAACAACAAAAUUAAGUGUAAAUAAAAUAUAUAUAACCGGAGAAUGUUCGCCGUCAACACCUCGCCAGGUAACGGCCAGUGACCAUGAACCGAGGAGGCAGGAAACCGGAGCCGGCCGCUGCUCCUGCAGGCUCCCCGCUGGAGCAACAGACGCCCAAGCUGAAACCAAACCGCCUGAGCAGAAGUUUCAGACAGACCCAGACAGCGGCGGAGGUCGGCUCCCCCAAGAGCCAGCGGUCAGAUUUUAAGACUCCGACCAGAAUCCCCAGAUCCAGAGUAGCUGGUGGUUUCAGUGGAGAGUCUCCACACAACGACUCCGACUUUCAGCAGGACAUCAUCUGGGACGCCACCUCUCCUUCGCCCAGCAGACUCGGUAAAAAAGGUAGAAAACACCCGGCUGGAGCUGUGACCAUCUCAGAGAUCGUCAGCAAGAUCGCUCCUGAGCAUGGGAGACCGGAGGUCGCAGAGCCGACGCUACAGCAGUGGAUCGGAGACAGCGCCGCCAUCCCCUGUACGCCAGACGUUCGAGUUCCCAAACCCAAGAGGAAAUCCCCGAGGCUGAACGGAGUGGACGACUUGCUGAAGCUGGCUAGACAGUUUGACUUCAACAUGUUUCGUCAGGUGGAAGAAGAAGUGGAGGACAUGCACCAGCAGAGCCUGGAGCUCCUGUCUGAGGACAUUUCGGAUUUUGAGGACGGCGAUCCGAAUGACUUUUCACCCUCGCCUCGCGGAAACCGUCAAGCCGCAUCGAAUGCAGCGGCCUGGACAGAUGUGGAGGUUCAUCGGGAUCAACCUACGGAGGAUGAUUUGGACUUUCUGUUUGAUGGACCGACCCAACAUGUGAGUGGAAAUUUAAGUCAGGUGUCGUCUGCUCAGCCGUCCCAAGUAAAAGGUGCUCUCGCUCUAUCCUCCAAAGAGGCUCCUGGGAAACCUCCGGCCGCAGGUGUUUCCACGACAAACGCUAAAGGCGGGGCAGCGAACCACGUGUUCGAGGACGACUGGGAAAACGAUGACUUGCUAAAUGACUCUCUGGUGUUGGAGAUGACACAAAAUCCACAGAACUUCACUGCACCGAAGCACUGCUCAACACAGAAACCCACCAGUGACGUAAACCAUCAGAAUUCAGUAAACGCUCCUGCCUGUGGAGACGUCAGACUCGGCCGAUCAGCUGUUUCCAAAGUGGAAAAAGACGACGUGAGACAAAGAGCAACUUUCAAACUGGAGUCUAAUCCUAAUUUCUCUGUGAAGAGAAUCCAGACAGACACGUGGACAAACUCAAAAGUGGAUUACAGCUCAAAAACAGGAGAUAAGGACACUCGCCAGAGCAGGUUCUCGUACAAUGAGGGUGUUUCAGUAGAGACCGGAUCUCAGCGUACCUGGCAAACAUCAAACGCAGUGAAGUCAGAUCAACAGAAAUCACAGUUUUACCAGGGGGAGUGUGUCGCCAGCUCCAUAUCGGCUUCGUCUGCGGCAAACACGUCGCCUACAAGAACAACUCAGAGUUUUCCAAAGAAACCUCAGGUAGGUUCUUCCCGCAUCGAGCCAGGCGCUGUCUCGGACUUCCUGGAUGAGGACCUGGACUCCCUCUUCUCGUUGGAACCGGCUUGGGACGACCCGGCUGACGACGACCUGCUGUGUGAAAUGUGUGAAGACCUGGAGAACCAGAUGCAGAGCGUGGACAGCAUGUCCACCAAACAGACCUCUCUUGUUGGUCAGACAUCAAACCAGAGAGCAGCUCUGCAACCAUCCAACAGAACCUGGGACAACAGGAACCAACGGCCAGCCAAUCGGCAGCCUUUCCCCCAAAAACAAACAGCCACAAUUCUCCCUGGUGGUUCAGGUAGACCAGCUGGUAGGUCAUUGGCUGGUGUUUCUGCCUCUAACCUCGCUGCAGGUGUACAGGCGAACACCGCGAGGGAUUCUUUCAGAUACACACAAACAAAAACCACUUCAGAAUCCACCAACAGCUCUACAUGUCUGCAGUGGAGCAGCAGGGCCCACUCAGCGGCUGCAGCACCGCGACCGCCACAGGGGAACCCCGGCAAAAACCAGUUCACCUUCAAGAAGCCAAAUCCCCCGGUUUCCACUGGGACCUCCAAAGUUCCGGGUAAAUGUUCGGCCGCGGAGAUCGAGCUGAAGAAGCAGCAGGCGAUGGAGAGAAGGCGACGGCGGCUGCAGGACGCCCAGAACCUCCGAGCUCCGACGUGACGGAGACGAAAGGCCUCCGAAACAAACAAAAGCCAACCGCGGAGCUGAACGAGGCAGCGUCUCACUUCACCCGCCGGCAGAUGAACCCAAACAUAACCCGGACUUUUCUGAUUACUUUGUUUGUAAAGAGCUGAAUCUGAAUCAGCUCAAGAUAAAGAGCUGGCAAUUAUCUUGUAAACAUUUGUACAAACAUGUUCCUGUAAAACUAAACUGUUUUAUAAUUUCAUGCUUACGUAGUCUCUGUUCUGUCUUUUUUAUUUUUUAAGUCU